AUGAAUGUGAAAAACCAUGGAUUUUGUUACUGAAAACCAUCAGUCAAGAUUUACAAUGCACAAAUUGGCAAACAGUGCCCAGUUUUCCGGAGUUCUUUGGGAAGAGUUCAGAGGAAGAGAGUCCACGAAAACAGGAAGUGUUUACAAUUGGAAUGAAAGACUUUCAGUGGGUAUCGUUCCCAUCUUUUCCCAAAGAAAAAUACUUAGAGCCAAAGGAUCUUAGCUCCCAUCAGCUGACACAGAGCCAGACCGACCAUCUACAGCAAGGACGGGGCCAAGCAUCAUACACUGAAUGCACUGAUACACUGAAAGGUUUACCUUCUACAGCUGAGAAAACAUGCUGUGGAACUACUACAGAUCACAUCAAAAAUACGGUUGGGGGAGACAUGAAAGGCAUUUCAAAAUUGGAUAUAAGCCCUAAAUCGUGUAAACUCACUCAACACAGUUCUACACACCCCUUGGGAUUGUCCCAAAGCUCUGCAGAAGCUUUUAGCUUCCAACAGCUCUGCAGAGGGAUGGAACAGAACAGGGAAAACAGAAAAGAAGAUUAUAGGGAAGAGCUUCAAAUAAAAACACAUCAAGGGACUAUUUCAUUUGGUGAGGCCAGAUCUGUGCCUGCGGAAGAGAAGCCUCUUGGGAGCGUACCUGGAACUGAAAGCUGCAAGACGACGACUGAAAAUCAGAGUGGAGGAUCUUCAACUCUUGACAGUUGUCCAAUGUGUCUGAUUCAUUUUAAUGGAACGCUGUCACAACUGGACAUUGAUGGCCACCUGGCCAGAUGCCUGUCUGAAAGUGCAGAUGAUGUGAUGUGGUAAAUCCAGAAGAACGAAGAGCAAAGGAACAAGGCCAAGGAUGAACUUUCUCCAAGGAAAAAUGUGCCAGGGAAGCACGUUCUUGUCUCAAACUUUCUUAAGGACCACAAACCAAUAACUCAGUAGUAAGUCAACUGCCACCUGCCUCGGCAUUUUUUAUUUGAAAUCCUCUCAAAGGCACAUAAACUAGUUUUAGUGCUGAACAACCGUGAAGCCUAGAUAUUAAAAUAAUGAAAAAUGCUAAGAACUUGUGUGAUUGUACAGUUGAUCUGUGAGUAUAUCUACAUUAAAAGAAAACACAACCCAGGCCAAAUAAUGGGUGUGGGUUUUUUUUUUUCUCUUUCUGAAGGAACACUGCUAAAUUCAUAACCUUACUUUGUAGGUUUAAGUCAGCAUCCACUUGAUAAACAUGACUAGUCUCAACUAAUUAACAGCAGAACAUUUCUCUUGCCAGUUUCACAAGUUUAAUAUAGUUGGUCAGCCAAAACAGCCACUUUUUGUACCAGUCCCAGCCCUGCCUCUUAGAAGCCACCGAUCUUUGAGAAUAAAAGGACACCUGAGAAUUAAUUUUGGCUGAAGGUAUUCAGAGGACUCAUCUACUAUUUUGGUAACUUCUUAAUAGUAACAGGUAAACAUCUGUAAGCUUAAGAAAAACAACCUUUUCCAUGAAUAACAGAAAAAUGACAUUUAGUAAUGGUUUAGUAACAACAAAAGGGAUGAAAUAAACUAGAGUAAGUUGUUCAUUUCCCCCAGUACAGUUAAUUGUUUACUGCACAGGGGAUUUAUCCUAUGCAGGCAGCACACCGUGCCUCCCAUCACAGCCUCACAGCUCUAAUUAGUUCCUUCUCAAAGGGCUGUAUGCAGGAGUAGCACAACUGCACCCAUUCCAGUUACUUUGAUCACAACUACCUCCACAGACAGGGAAGAAGAGUGCAGCUCAGACAAAAACCCAUCCAGAUACUCAAGUCUGUUCAUCUCAACAAACCUGUGCCCUGGCCCUCAAAAACACAGAGUUUGGGUGUGAUCCAGAGAUAGAGAAUAAACACAGAAUACGGUAGCAAAACACAGGAAGAAUCCUAUAGAUUUAAUUUACAAUGGAGUCUCUUUAAAAAGUGCAAGUUGGACAUAACUCAAUUUACUGAUAAAUAAUAACAGUCUAUUAACUUUUUCAUUAAAGUCUUUAAUAGAUGUGCAAGAAUAUAAAUGAUCUUAGCUGUUAUGGAUUAGUAUACCAUCUUCUGCACAAUUAAAACUGGUCAGCAAAGAUCCCAACUAAUUAAUUAUACAAAACUACAAGAACAUAUUUACUGUUUUACAAUCAUUAAAUUAGCUAGAAUUUUCAUUUACUAUUUCAAAUAAGACAACUAUAUAUCAUUACCAGAUCCAUUUGUAAUAUAUUAGGAUUUUUUUUUCCAAACCACACAUUUAAUUACAUCCUUCAUUUUCUUUUAUUUAUAAAACAAGUACUUUAUAUAAAAAAUUUCCCCUUCAUCAUGAACAGAACAUUAUUCAAACACUUGCACAUGAGCAACCAAACUUGUAUCCAGCAAACUAUUUGGCAACACAGCAACAUUGUAAAUGCCUGUAAAUUUUUAAAUAAAAUCAAGUAGUCUUUACAAUGUUUGUUUAGCAAA